AUGCCCACCGAGAGAGACAGCACCCAAGAGUCAUCUGCCGAUGCCGGCAAGCCCGACUGGACCGCCGUGCAGAGUAAGGUCAUGGAUGUCGAGAUCGUCAAGAACCUUCCUCCUACCGAGCCUGCCGAGAAUCCAUCUCCUCAGCAAGGCAGUCGCCCAGCUCCUCAUAGAGCCGACCAAUCGACUUCCCUGGUUGUAGCUCCGCGUCCUCGCCCAACUGGAUCCACCCGUGCUGGCAUUGCCACCUACCAUGAGGCCGCCAUCUAUGCCAAUCUUCGUCACGGAAUCCCGGGCAACCAGUUCGACUUCAAUGAUGAAGAUAUACAACCUCUCAUCAAUCGCUUUGCACCGAGUCAGAAGUGCAUGGUGCGACACAACAGUGCCUUGACGGCAGUCGAGAUCCUUGGACCCCCGCAUGCCGUCAGGGCUGCCCAAACGCAAUUGUUGGAGCAUGUUGCAAUGCGCGCCAACUUUGUUGAUACAUGUGCCGUCCACGGCUUCCGAAUUUACUGCUUCCAAGACUCGGUUAGCUCCAGCCGGCCGCAAAGCAUUCGUCAGGUCAUGGUCUCCCUCUUUCGCUUUUACAGCAAAGAUCCCAAUGCCGAGAACGACUUUUCGCGAGACCCAAUCGAUAAUCACGAGUGGAGGGAAUUCAAUGCUGAAGAAAGAAACUGA